GCCCAGGCAGAGUGACUGUGAAGGAGGAAGGACGCCACCUCAGCAGAAGGGGCAUCUUCCUGGGAGAAGGAGCCUCUGCCCACCACAGCGUCUGCCAUCCAGCCAGGGGGAAAGCAGCCCCUUCCUCUUCUCCAUCAUGAACUGGCAUACGAUCAUCUCAGUGUUGAUGGUGGUGGUCCUAAAAGUCGUCGGAAUGACCUUAUUCCUGAUGUACUUCCCGCAGAUUUUUGGCAAAAAUGAUUUCAACUUUGUCCCCACAAAGGGCUACGCAACAGUCCCACAGAUGGUCACUGUCGGCUUCACCCCCACAGGGAGCUCCCGAACAGUCUGCCCCACUGGGUGGGCUCUCCAUCAGGGGAAAUGCUUCCUCUUGACCACCUCUGAGUCGUCUUGGAACAAAAGCAGGAGCUACUGUGAAGGGGAAGGAUCCACCCUGGCAAUAGUCAACACCCCAGAGAAGCUGAAGUUUCUCCAGGACAUAGCUGGUGCCGAGAUGUACUUCAUUGGCUUAAUAUACCAGCCUGCAGAGAAAAGGUGGCGAUGGAUCAACAACUCUGUGUUCAACGGCAAUGUCACCAACCACCGUCAGAAUUUCAACUGUGUGACCAUAGGCCUAACAAACACAUUCGAUGCUGCAUUGUGUGACAUCAACCACCGCUGGAUCUGCGAGAAGAACGCCAAAUGACCACCGUCCCCAUGGUCUCUGCCGAGAUCACCAAAAAUGCUCAGGGAGGCAGCAGAAAGAGCAUUUACAACUGGACCAGGAAAUGCAGAGCAUGAAACCACUGCGCUAGUCAGCCACAGGCUACUGCCCAGCUCCAGUGGCCCCCAGGGCUCAGGCACCCCUCCACAAAUGCACUAACGUGACACACCUGGGCUAACUCCCCAUUCUGACCAGCAGUCCCCAAGAUCCCUUCCUGUAAGAGUCUCACCUGUGGUCCACUGGAUCCACACAGGUCGUCUGGUCAAUGACCCAUUUGUCCAUCUGUCAAUGGUAGAGGACCUUGUCUGUUUGGGGAGAUGAGCUUCUGGGCUCUGCUUUGGGGCCUGGGUGAUAGCCAUCUCAGGAAAAGGGUCAGUUUUACAGAUAUAACUUACCUGGUGUGGAGGCUAAUCUAUUUCUACAGAACUGGGCAUUUCUGACUGACCAGCAGGGCUUAGCCUGUGGUCAGGGUUUGGUUUAUCCCCAGCGCACAUGACCACACUAGCAGGGAGAAACUGCAGACAGCUCAGGUGUGAAGGUUAUUUAGAGAGCCCCGUGGGUAGAAGAGGAUAAAUUCAGCUUCUGUGACCCCACCCCUGUUCCCAAGAGACCCCUAUCCACAUGUAUCCCUGGGACAGCAGAGGCCUUCUCAGUCUGAAGUGAGGCCAGGCCUGGAGAAGGGCACCUGGAGCAGAGCAUGGAGCAGGGAAAGCAUUGCUCAUGGGGAUGAGGAAGGGUCAGCUCAGGACAGGACUCUGCUCAGAGGUCCCUCGGAAGACAACCAAGCAGCCAAGUGCCCAGGCGAACUGGCUCUCUGCUCUUCAGCAAAGCACUGAAGAGACACUUGAGCUGAAAUAUUUUCUUGGCUGGCCUGAGCCUCCACUAUAGCAUAUAUAGCUCCUUUGCAACCAGAAUUUGAAUAAGCAGAUUCCUUUCGCUCUGCAGGUUUGACGACCUGACCAUGUUGUGUUGAGUACAUUUUAAGAAUUUGGGAGAGACUCUUGGGCCCCACAGAUCACAACACCGUCCUCCCUUCAGUUCUAAAGAGCUCCUGCUGCCCGGGACAGCCUACUCACCUGAAGGCCUCCAGCCUUGCACUGGUCGGCAUCCCACUGACCCAGACUGGUCCAGCUGGCCCAGUAGGAAGCAUUGGUCCCACUGACCCAGACUGGUCCAGCUGGCCCAGUAGGAAGCAUUGGGUGGGGCAAGGAGAGGCAGACAGUGGAAGGGGAACAUGGGGGACAAAUGGAAGCCAUGUGAGGGAGGGAACAGGGAGUUCAUUGGCCAUCCUCCAAGCAAGGCAGAAGAGAGGGAGAAAGUCUUGGGGCCCUGACUCUUCUCCAUACUCACAACACGACCUCAGCCACUCCCUCCUCUGUGCAGAGAAAGGAGACAUGGGUGGCCUUGUGCUUCAGAGUAGUGAGAACUAAACCACCAUGGAAGGCUGUAUAAAACCAAUGGGAAUCAUAGUCAUCUACAUAAGCUGCUUGCCAUUUGUGUCUAAUAACAACGUACCCCAGUAACAACUGUGCACAUCAUUACAUGUAUAUCACACUAAAUUGCUGUUGUUUCAUUUUUAUUGCAACACAAAGCUCUGUUCCUAAACUUCUAAGUUUCACAGUUUUGGGUUCCUUAGCAUACGCAUUCACAAUUUUAAAAAAUGAGAUAAUACAUCAGGUGUAGAACUUGCUUGAAGGAAGUUACUAGAAAUAAUAUAUGUUGUAGGGGUGGAUAUUGCAAUUAGAAUAUUAGUGCCCUGUGGAGAUGCGCCUUCUCUAUUGGGUCAGUAAAGAGUAAAGACCACAGCUGAGGAGAGAGAGGCUGAGUCCGUGGUAGAGCAAAUAAUAAACAGAAUUCCAACCAACAGCAAGCCCCAGAAUUCAGACAAUAGAGAGGGAACUGCAAUCCUUCUGCUUCGUGAAGGGAGAACUAUAGUUGUCACACUUCCUGUUUUAUGACAGAAGAAUUGCACAUUUUUACAGUCAGGAAAUGGGCCACAGCCCAUGGUCUCUCUCUCAAUUUCUGGUACAAAGAAUUGAGUUAAUCAUAAACCUUUAUUAAUGAAACACUCCCAUAAUUGGUACGUGCAUGGUUCUCUUUUAUGUAUGUAUUUGUUUUGUUGUCUAUUUAACUAUAAAAAUGUCAUAGGCACCAUCAGUGAUUUCCCAAGUCAACAGCCUGAAACUCCCCUAAGAUGAGGAGGUGCUUCUACACAAGAUCUAAGUCCAUUACUGGAGGAGUUGUGGGAUCCUUAAAAGAGCAGAUCAGUGUGGCCUUUGUUAGGCAGCAGUGGUAUGGUUUAAAAAAAAAAAAGCAAUGGAAUGUUAGUAAACCAUUGGGUUUGAGUUCUAACACUACUAAUAUACUUUGUGAGUCUAUACAGAUUCUUUACCCCUUCUGUGCCUUCGUUUCUUUCCUAUAAAAUGGGGAAGUAAUACACAUCUCACAAAAAAUGUUGUAUGCAUUGUAGAGAAGAUGUUGUAUGUAAAUUUAGAGAAGACCAUCUCUCUGUACCUCAGUGGCAAUAAACAAUAGAGGAAGCACUCUGUGGAAGAUCUGAAGUUGAGAUCUUCGUCCAACAUGUGGCUCUGCAUUUUGUUGAAAGCUAAAUUUAGACAAGCCAUAUGACUUCUCAGAAGCUGUUUACUCAUUUAUAACAUGGGAAUAAAAAUAAGUCCAAGUCAAGGGAGGGUGUCUAAAAUAUUCUACUUUCCACAGCUCUGGCUUACGUACAAAUUACCCUUCCUCUCUGUGUGAGUAACUGGUCUCAUGACCAAAGUCACUGACCACUGUUAUAAGUUCACAGAUCAACCCUGGAUUCAUGACUGAAAACAUUUGCUACAGGGCAAGUCGACUCUGACUCAUGGUGAACCCAUGUGGGUCAGAGUAGAACUGUGCUCUAUAGGGUUUUCAAUGGCUGGUUUUUCAGAAGUAGAUCACCAGGCCUUAUUUCUGAGGCACCUCUGGGUAGACAUGAAUCUCCAACCUUUCAUGUUAAGCGUUGCACCAUCCAGGGACUCCUUAGCUACAGGUUGCCUUUGCUUAUUUUGCCUGCUGAAGCCCUGUCCUUUGGGGAUCUUUGCCUUUUGGGUUAGCCCUGCUUCACUUCUUGAGUCUCCCUCAGCACAGACUGAAUAAUAGUGCAGUAAUAGUCUUAGCUCCCCUCCAUUCUGCCUUCACCUCUGAUAGACUGGAAUUAAGUAUUCAGCAGCCCAAGUCCCUGCGAUGGGCCUCAUGAUCCCUCAGACCGUCUUCACUGCUAGCCAGUGGGUCUGGGGCAGCAGAGGUGUCUAAUUAUCUCUCAAGCCACAGCCCAUGGUCUCUCUCUCAAUUUCUGGUACAAAGAAUUGAAUUAAUCAUAAUCCUUCAUUCAUGAAACACUCCCAUAAUUGGUACGUUCAUGGUCCUCUUUUAUGUAUUUGUUUUGUUGUUUAUUUAACUAUAAAAAUAUCAUGAGUACCAUGAAACCACCCAACAUGGAAACAAGAACUUUUAUAAUAGCACAUCUACCUGUGUGGUCUCCUAUACCCAGCUCAGGUAACCACCAUCCUGAAUCCUGUGUUCAUCAUUCAAUUGCUUUCCUUCUUAUUUAGUUUCAUCUCAUUGUUGUGUACAUAUUAUUUUUAUCUUUAUAAAAAGGUAUUUUGCUAUAAGGAAUCUUUUGGAACCUCCUCUUUUUCACUUAAUAUUGUAAGAUGCAUCCAUAUUGUGGAGGUUCAUUCAUUUUGACUACUGCAUAAUAUUCCAUUAUACCAUCACUAUUCCUGUUGAUGCGCAAUUGGAUUGCUGACAGGUCUUUGCUACUGUGAAGAGUGCUAUCAUGAGCAUUCUUCAGGAGUUCCUGUGCAGGAGUUCUUGACAGGGAACAACUCAAACAGCACCUUGGAAAUCACAGCAAUCUUGAUGCUACAGUAUGGCAAAGGUCAUCACCACCCCAUGUACCACCCAAGAUCCUUACUGCCACCUGACCAGUGAAGCAGCCAGGUCCAGAAUCCCAUCCUGAGAAACUGCUUUCUAGGUCUGCACCAGAACAGAGUCUGAAAUAGGGGCUUACAUGCAGGCAGUUUGAGGAAAUGAUCCUAAACAAUCAGACUGGUGACUGGAAAGAGUAAAACAGGGGAAGUCGUAAAGGGUAAAUUAUUAACCUGGCCACUGUAGUGGAAAAUUGAGAUCCAAUCCUCCCUGGAGGACUUGUAUAGAAAGUGUCUCAGAACUGUCCACCUAAGGAAUGAGAGAAGGAAAUAUUGACCCACCAGCUUCCAUUCCCCACUGACCAAGGAUAGAAGCAAGGACACUCAUCCUGUUGUACCUACUAGGCUUGCACAUGUGCAAGUGUUAAGCAUGUUCCUGCAGGCACCCCCACAGCAACAUAAAAGAAGCCAUGAAGCAGAAAGAGAGAGAUACAGCUGGGGCAUGAUGUGCUCAGGUUAUAUUUAUGAGAAUCUUGUUGCUGCAGCAAUAGUUGGGGUAACAGGCAGAUCAGAGUGAUGUGAGGCGGGCCAAAGGGGUGUCCAAUACACAGAGAAAGUUACACAACUCAUUUUCUAAAGCCAGCAUUACACUGAUGACAAAAUUGGACAAUGAUAGUAUAGCAAAGAAAAAAAAAAGAAUAUACUUAUUUAGCUAAAAAAUAUAAUAUUAGCCAAUGCAACCCAACACUAUACAAACAUGGAUUUAAAUAAUGCAUUAUGUAUCUUAGGGCUUUUACUCAAAAAAUGCAAGGGAAGUUUGUUGUUGUUGUUAGGUGACAUGGAGUUCUGACUCAUAGUGACCCUAUAGGGCAGAGCGGAACCACCCCAUAGGGUUUCCAAGAAGCAGCUCGUGGAUUUGAACUGCUGAACUUUUGGUUAGAAGACAAACUCUUAACUGUGCCACCAGGGCUUCAAGGAGAGAUUAACAUUAGAAACACCACAAUCAAAGUAAAGGUCAGUAACAUCAAAUUAAAUGACAAAAACUAUAUGGUUAUCUCAACAGACGCAGAAAGAGCAUUUAGAAAAUUUAAUUCCCACUCAUGCUAUUCAAAAUAAUCUUUCUCAAUCUGAUAAAAAGUACCUAUCAAAAACCUACAGAAAUCAUGUGAAAGUGUAGAAGCAUAAAGCAGUAGAAAGGCAAGGCAAGAAAUAUCUACUAUCACCAUUACUUACUACUGGGCUAGAGGCCCCAGCCACUGCAAUAUGACAAGGAAAAGAAACUAUAAAAAUAAAAAAUAGAAGUUACAAAUUUCUUAUUUUUCCCAGAUAAUAUGAUUAUCUACAUUGAAAAUCCAAGAUAAAUGACAAAUUAUCACAAUCCAUAAAAGCUUGGCAAUGUUGCAAGAUACAGAUCAACAUUUAAAAAUAAACAAUGUUCAAAUAAAUAACAAUCACCAACUAUAAAAUAGAAUAGAAAAAUUACCAUUCAUAAUAGCAAUGAAAACUAUAAGAUAA